GAUGUGAACUUUGAGGACGUGGCCAUUGCUUUCUCUGAAGAGGAGUGGGUAAUCCUGGAUGAGGCUCAGAGACUUCUGUACUGCGAUGUGAUGCUGGAAGUGUUUGCAGUGGUAUCAUCUGUAGGUUGUUGGCAUAAAAUGGAAGAUGAGGAGGCCUGUUCUGAUCAGCGUGUAUGUAUACAAGGCGAGUCACAGGUCAGGGCUUCUAAGACAGCUCCAGCCACCCAUAAGAACCAUCUCUGUAAGCGGUGUUUCUCUGUGUUACAACAUAUUUUGCACCUGACUGGGUCUCAUGCAGCAGACUUUGAGCAGAGAGCCUUCUGUAGUGACGCAUAUGUUGGAGACUUCUGUUUCGGUGCAAACCCUCACCAGCAACCAAAGAAUGAAUGUGGAGAGGGGCCCUGGAAACAAGCUAUGGACAGGGCCUCCUUUGUGAACAGGUGCAGCUUCUCCUUAUCUUCAAAGCCUUCAACCAACAGGAAGGUUGGGGAAGACUUGCAGUCCAACUCAGAGCUUCCCCAGCACCAGACCACUCUCAACACUGAGGAGCUACACUGUGGCAGUGAGAUUUCACAGGAAUUUCUCAGUGGAAAACGUCAUCACCAGUCAGGUGAAUGUGAAAACGCUGCCAGCCACAACCUGAAAGUUGUUCAAUAUCAGGGUGUGUGUGCUGGAGAACUGAUUUAUGAGUGUAACAAAUAUAGGAAAGUGUUUAGACAAAACUUUAAUGUCAUUCGACAUAAGGGAGUUCACACUGGAGAAAAGCAGUAUGAAUGUAGUGAAUGUGGGAAGUUCUUCAGAAAAAGACCUGCACUCACUGAACACCUUAGAGUUCACACUGGAGAGAAACCAUAUGAGUGCAGACAUUGUGGGAAAUCCUUCAGUUACAAGUCUAACCUCAAACAACACAACAAAGUCCACACAGGAGAAAAGCCAUAUAA